UGCACAGAAGCCACAAUCCGAGGAAACCCAAGGAGCAGCAAUAAUCAUGAAGUCAAUCGUAGCCGUCGUUCUGGCAUUGUGCGUGGCCAGCGCCCUUGCCCAGCCUUUGGCCACUCCCAGUCAGUUGGACGCUCAAGUUCGCAGCGUUGUGGACGAGAUGACCGAGAUUGGGAAGAAUACCGGCGAGGCCCUGUUGCACCAGUACGAGGAGAUUGUUUUGGAGCCACAGCACGAGCUGGAGGAGGCCGUCGAAGAGGUGGAGGCCCGUCGCACAGAGAAUCCCGAGUGCGUUGCGGCCGAGGAUGGGGAGAUUGCCCGCAUCCUAGACGUGGCCCAUGAGGAGCUUCACACCUGCGGUGUUGUCGCUGCCCACACGUCCGCUGAGAUUGCCACCGACGUGAGCGCAGCCACCCAGCAGCUCACAUUCGGCGGCUACAACCUGAUGCGCACCUACAACAAGUGCAACAGCUACAACAGCAACAUCCUCAAGCAGUCCUGCAUGGCCAAGUUCUACGUUCAGGCCUCCAUCUUUCUGAUUGGUGCCAAUUCCUCCAUCAACACAAUCAAGAAGUCGACCAACGAGCGCAUCCCCGCCGUCUUUGCCGAGAGCAAUGUUUGCACCCAUGACGCCUCCGCUCAGGCCGUGCUUGGCCUCGAGGAGGUCAAUCGUCAAAUCGAUGCUUGCGCCUCCCGUCGUUAGCGUUGAUUGUGAAAUACAAAUGAAAUAAAUGUUGGAAUAUCUA